CUCACUUCAUCCUGAGAGUCUGAGAGCAGCGUCUUGUCUUCAUCCUCUUCAUCUCUUCAUCGUCCUCCUCCCUCUCAGCUCUCCCCUCAUGGCGGCCCCCUCCAAGUCGUCCCAGAAGGCCAAGAAUGUGGCCAUCGCCCUGCUGGCAUUGUGGUCCAUCGUCUCUCUCAUUGUAAUCGUGGUUUGGGCAACGUCUCCGGACCUGAAGAGCUCGGCGCAGUGUCGGGCCGAGCUACAGGACAUCAGGGAGAAGCUGGAGGGCGCUAAGGUGGUGUGGGGGAAGGACCGGGUGGCGCUGGAGGAGAAGGUGGAGAAGGAGAGGGAGGAGCAGGUUCGCCUAACGGCCAACAACGUGCUGCUGCUGGGACGCCUGAACGCCACCAACACCUCGCUGGAGGAGUGUCGGCAGGAGAACGUCGUCCUGAACGCGAACAUCAGCUUCCUGCUGGAGGAGGUGGAGCGACUGCUUCAGACCGAGACCAACCUCACGACUCAGCUCGGCCUGAAGGAAGAUCACAUCGACGCCCUGCAGCAGAACCUGACUCAGGCCUCUCAUCAGACCGAGUCAUGCUUCAGUCUGAAGGAAGCCGCUCAGAGUCAGAUGGUGGCGGCUCAGAUCCAGACCAAAGCCUGCGAGUCCAACCAGCAGUACCUGCAGAAACAGCUUCACAAGUGUAAAGCUGUCGACUCUCAGCCUCCUCAGCAGACGACACCGAAGGAGAACCAGGCCUCCACUGACAAGAGGUCUGCUGCCCCACCCCUCGCUGGUAUUCCGGUGCUGACGCUGCUCGUCUCCGUUGCUCUGCAUCUGAUGACCUGAGCUCUGCGUGUCUGAGUCUGAGAGUACUGUGGUCCAGGAAAAGGGGGCGGAGCCUGGACAAACCUAAUGACUGCUGUACAAACUUCCUGUCUACACAACAAACAGAUUGCUAUGGAAACGCUCCCAUCACGCUGUUGUAUGAUUGGACACAAACUUUGCUUUAAGUGGAAAAGCUGAGACGUUCACUGACCGUUAAUGAAUUCGUUUCCUCAACGCUUCACAGAGAUCACUGUUUGCACUUCCUGCUGCUGGUUUCAACGUCCUGCUGCUGGUUUCCACUUCCUGCUGCUGGUUUCCACUUCCUGCUGCUGGUUUCCACUUCCUGCUGCUGGUUUCCACUUCCUGCUGCUGGUUUCCACUUCCUGCUGGCUUCUUCUGCUUUAGUCUGUUCAGUUCUGCAUCAGUUUUCAGACAACUUCAGAUCCUCAUGGUCAAUCUCCAGUUUCAUUCACAACACUCAGUAAGGAUUUGUCUCCGUCCUCGGGGAACUGGUCCUGUGGAGGGAAACUAUGGGUCGUACAUUUUUUAUUACAUUUCGGCAAUUAACGCUUGUUGUUAUUAAACCAUUACAGGUGAAGUGUUUUACAUAUCAUCGAUAUUGUCUCUGUCAGUGCCACUUAAACUGAGACGCCCAUCUUCUCUUCCUGGUUGGUUCUCAUCAGUCACAUGACUCGACUAACAGCGGUGAAGGCAAAGCGUUGUUAACACUUCCUGUCAGUAACAGUUCCACCUCGUCGUCGAUCAGAGAAAAGACUUUUCACCAUCACUGUUCCUCUAUUUCUGUAACUAAGCAACCAGCUGCAGCGGAGACAAUCUUCUUCCUGUUUACACCACAUGACCAAUGGUCAUUAGACAAGUGUUUCCUGGGCCCUGAAGUAUGAAGCAGGAUUUGUGGUUAUCAGGUUAACUUCAGGUUUCAUUCAGAAUUUUCUACGAAGCUGUUGGAGGGUUGAUACUUGGAACAGAAGAUUUUGAUUGGCGGCUGAGUGAAGGGUCAGAGGUCAAGAAGAGCUGUGUCAUGAUCAGCAUAGACUUUUUGAUAAUAAUCAAUAAUUAUUGAUCAGAGUCAACAUGAGGUUAAACAGUUGAAUGACGCAUGAGUCGGCUAAAGAGCGUUGUUCUUUUUCCUGACGUAAACUGAAUCAAACUUGACGUGUGUGGAACUCGUGACGAUCUGAGAUGAAGUGAAUCUAGAACCUGAUUUUUAAAUGAUCAUUAAAACCUGGUUCACAGCUGACAGGAAGCUGACGUCCCUCAGUUCUCCUGAUACCGAUCGAUCGUCAAUGACCAGCUGAUACAGAUGAGAACAGGGUCGAUGAGUGUGAAGGAAUUUAGAUCUGCUUUUGUUUCCGUGCUUUUUAUGAUGUUUAACAAAUGAAAAACUUGCAGCUUGAAGCUUCGUCACUGCAGCUGAAGAAUGACUCGACUUUUAGAAGCUUUUUUAUUUUAUCUGAUGCUGGUUUGGGAUUUACUUUGUUUGGGGGAUUGAUGUCAAUGAUAUGAAUAAAUCUGAGGAGUUUGUUAAAGUCAA